UCACCCUCAGGGCUGUGAGAGGCCUUGGAGGGCCAGGCUCCGAGGGGGGCCCUGCUUGCCCUGGAGAGGGAAGGAGCGGGGAGUAGACAGCAGGGACUUCAGCCCACCCACUGGAGCAAUGCAGGAGAGCUGAUGUGAAUCCAAAUGGAGCACUCUGAAGGAGGAGACCAAAACCAGCAGCAACAGCCUUGGGGGAAGCUGAUCCGGUUAGGUGCUGAUGAAGCAGAGCCCCAUGUCUUACUGCUGAAAAGAGAAUGGACAAUUGGGCGGAAAAAAGGUUGUGACUUGUCCUUUCCUGGCAACAAACUGGUGUCUGGAGAUCACUGUAAGAUUACAGUGGAUGAAGAAUCUGGACAAGUAUCAUUGGAGGAUACCAGCACUAAUGGAACAGUAAUUAAUAAACUGAAAGUGGUUAAGAAGCAGACAUGCCCUUUGCAGACUGGGGAUGUGAUCUAUGUUGUUUACAGGAAGAAUGAGCCAGAAAACAAUGUUGCUUAUCUCUAUGAAUCCUUCCAUGCAAAACAAGAUGUAACACAAGAGCUAGUAGAAGCUAAUGUAGAAAAUACGUGCCAUCGGACCAAAGAUACCUCACAUAUAGGAAGAAGUGAUGAUGGAACCCAAAUUACCUCAUCACUGCCAGCCACUCAGUCUUGCUAUGAGGAACCACAGCCAUCUACUUCUACAUCUAACCUCUUUAAUGCUUCUUCUACCUCUCUUAUCGAGCGGGCAUCUGCUGAGCAGGAUAAUCCUUCAACAUCUGAACCUAGGUGUCCUGGAGCAUCACAUGAAGAACAAGGACAGCUGUAUGCAAAUAGUGAAACUUCCACUAUCACUUCAAAUAUCAUUGAUAAAGAGAAAAAUGAAAGUUCUACAUCAGAGCCUCAAAGGGAAGAGGAGGAGGACUUGGAGCCUGCAAAGAAGAAAAUAAAAGGAGAUGAGAAUGCUAGUCCAUAUCUUCAGAUGACAGCUCCAAAUCAAUGUAUAAUUAAAGCUGGAUCUGAAGGUGCAAAAACAACUAAUGUGAAACCAGACAAAAUGGAAGAAACACUCACUUGCAUUAUCUGCCAGGAAUUGCUGCAUGACUGUGUCAGCUUGCAGCCCUGCAUGCACACCUUCUGUGCUGCCUGCUACUCAGGGUGGAUGGAACGGUCUUCUCUCUGUCCAACUUGCCGUUGUCCAGUUGAACGUAUCUGUAAGAACCAUAUACUGAAUAACUUGGUUGAAGCCUAUCUAAUCCAACAUCCAGAUAAGUGUCGUAAUGAAGAGGAUGUACGUAGUAUGGAUGCCAGAAACAAAAUCACUCAAGACAUGCUGCAGCCUAAGGUGCGAAGGUCAUUUUCAGAUGAAGAAGGAAGUUCUGAGGAUCUGCUGGAACUGUCGGAUGUAGAUAGUGAAUCCUCAGAUAUCAGUCAGCCUUAUAUAGUGUGCAGACAGUGCCCAGGAUAUCAGCGACACUCCAUUCCGCCACUUCCUUGCCCAGGCCAAGAGGGGGAAGCAGGAGGAUUGCAAGCAUUGGGAGAUGCACCAUCGACGUCUGCCAACUUUCCUGCAACUGUCCAGGAGUAUGUUUGUCCUUCUCAAGGAAGUCAUGUAAUAUGCACCUGCUGUUUUCAGCCAAUGCCAGACCGAAGAGCAGAGCGUGAACAGAAUCCCAAUAUUGCCCCUCAGCAAUGCACAGUUUGUCUACAGCCGUUCUGUCACUUGUACUGGGGCUGCACUCGGAUGGCAUGUUUUGGCUGCUUGGCACCAUUCUGUGAAAUAAAUCUUGGUGACAAGUGUUUAGAUGGAAUCCUAAACAACAACCAUUAUGAGUCGGAUAUUCUAAAGGAUUACCUGGCAUCCAGGGGUUUUACAUGGAAAAACAUGUUAAAUGAAAGUCUCUUAGCUCUUCAAAGAGAAGUUUUUAUGCUGUCAGAUUACAGAAUUACUGGGAACACAGUGCUUUGUUAUUGUUGUGGCCUCCGCAGCUUCCGAGAGCUCGCCUACCAGUAUAGGCAGAAUAUUCCUGCUGCUGAAUUGCCAGUGACUGUCACAUCACGUCCUGAUUGUUACUGGGGGCGCAAUUGCCGGACUCAGGUUAAAGCACACCAUGCUAUGAAAUUCAAUCACAUUUGUGAACAAACACGUUUCAAGAACUGAACUUUCUGAAAUUGAAGCUGUCUGAAUAUUUGUAGUCUUUAGAGGGGAUGAAAGCCCGAAAUACUGAUCACAUAGGAAAUGUUUUCAGGGGAUUUUCAUUAUUCCCUCACAGCAGGGAGUCAAUAACUUUUUCAUCAGGUACUCUGGUGUGACCUUUUUAAUUUGUAGAGUUUAACAGUUAUAUGUGAGUAAGCGAGAACCUUUUGAAAGAAAAUCUGACCAGCAUUGCAUUCCAUCCUCAUUAUUACAGUGUUACUAUUUCACUAUACUUAAAUCAAGUAAUAGCAGCCAUACAUUGGAGGUCCUAACAGUAAUCAGUAAGGAGUGUAUUUGCACUAAAUGUGUCUGAAAAUAAGAGAAACCUUUAGAUUAAAAUGGAAAUGCUCUGUACCGGUAACUUAAUAUCAAAGGAGGAAACUCAGCACAUGUUCAGACUUGUCCACUGCUAUCUUGUCAUUAGCAUUGCAGUUGGGAUGGAAAUCUAUUAAAGUUCACUUUCACAAAACAGGAAGGUGAUCUGGUAUAUGUUCAUCAGAAUGGUUUUUUGUUAAUUUUUUCCCCCUAUUCAAUAAACAAAGAACAGCUUCAGCUUACAGCUCCAAAUCAGAACAGUGCUUUGCAGGAACGCUAUAAAGGAAAACAUUUUUUUUUUAGUUUAGUAAUAUUGAUGUUUUUUUACCAUUAGAAUUAAAUAACUCAAACAGUUGCACAAAUAUUUACAAAUCAGACUCAAAUUUGGGAUAGUAAUUGCUUAUGAAGAAGCUUCUGCUUUUAAUAACUGUUUAGCAAUUUUAUAUCAAAUUAAACCAUUAUUGACAUAGGAAGACAAGUUGGUGCAAUUUUUUAAAUGUAUUUUUUGGUGUGAUGUUGUACGCUAGCUAGGCAUGUAGUUUUUAUUUUGCAGCUGUGCUCUAGCGUGUGCACAUCGGUAAAAGCAUAGAAAAGCUGCCACUUCAACAGAAUAUAACAGAUUUACAAGAAAGAACAAAUGUUACCUAUGAAAAGGUCCACCACAGAUGAACUUUAGCAAUAUGGAGAAAUUCUUUUGAUGUGGGAGAGAUUUAAGGGGAACACUAGUGUCUCUAACAUGUUGAGUAUGUAGACUUAAUUUUUCACUCAUCUGUUUUUUGCUUAAUUAUGUUCAGAACAUUUCCUGAGCAUCAUAAAAAUGUCAUAAAUAUUUCCUAGUCAUCUGGCAACUAAUGUUCACAUGCUUGACUUGGACCAGCUUUUCAUAAGUAUCAUGCCCAGGAGAGCAAAGUAGAAUGGGAAGAAAGAGUACAAAGUUACCUCUGUAUAUAUCAUGUUUUACGUAUGCCUUCUUUUGCAAGCAAGAUUUAUACUUCAACAUAAAAAAAAACACUCUAUGCUAUGUGUUAUAGUGCAGCACAGGAUGAUGUAGCACAUUGUAUCUGUUAGUCAAUUAAUUAAAAAAAUACAAUACUGCACAUGUUAAUAUAAAUGCUAAUUAAAAAUAAUAGAUUUCUGUUCAUAUUUUAAUUUUAAAAGUAGCUGCAGCAGUGAUGAGUCUGUUGAUAAUGUCCAUAAUGCUGUUAAAAGUACACUUGGGUGUGGACUUCUCUUCCUAAUCUCUGGGCAUUUCCUCCUGUGAGUAGGGUUGAAAUCAGAUCUGGAAUAAUACUUGAAACUUAACAAAACUUUCUGUCUACCUUUUACUAUUACUAACAAUGUUCUGUUGCAUCUGUAUUCGUAUUUUAUGUUUAGAAAGAUUGAUUUUUUUAAUGGUUAUUAUAUCUUCUCAGGACAGCCAUUCCCAGCUGUUUGGUCUCAAUUUCAACUCUGGCUGUGCAUGUAAGCAAAUUACAUGUAUUUGUGGAAAGAGAGCCUUUGCACAUUACAUGUAGAAAUGUGAUUUGCCUUCUCGCUCACUAGUUUCCAUGCCCCACAUUGGCUUUUAGCAUAGACUUAUCACUAUGCUAAUGUUCAAGUCCCAAAUGUGCUGAAUUUUUUGUGGAGUAAGAAUAACGUCUACAACCCUAUGUACAACUUCUCUUGCACCUGCACAAGCUGUUGGGACAUAUGUG